AGUUUGUUUUUUUUCGCUGAGAAACAAAAGAUUUUUGCAAAUUACUAGAAGGCAGUCAGCAGAUUAGAUUAGGUCGGCAGGCAGCAGCAGCAAGCAGCAGGCGAGGAUGAGGAGCGCGGAAGAGAUCAAGGCGGAGUACCCGCUGCACUGGCACAUCUGGCACAACGAACUGGAGCAGCUGCAGGCGGCCAUCGACCAGAACGAUAAGGAGAAAAUCGAUCCUCGCGGCCGGACGCCGCUGAUGCUAGCGGUCCGGGUGGCGAAUCUGGCCUGCGUCAAGUGCCUUUUGGCGGCCAAGUGCAAUGCCACCUACGAGCACGAGGGCUGGUCCAUUGUCCAGGAAGCCGUCUGCACGGGAGAUGUGGACAUUCUGACUGCCAUUAUCGAAGUGCGGGAUCUACAGCGCCAUGUUCAGCGAGUAACGCAUGUGCCGAAGCUUCUGCAGCAUUUGCUGGACGCUCCCGACUUCUACAUCGAGAUGAAGUGGGAGUUCACCUCCUGGGUGCCCCUAAUGUCUCGGCUCUGUCCCAGUGAUACAUACAAAGUGUACAAGAGGGGAGCCAACGUGCGGAUAGACACAACGCUCUUGGGCUUCGACAACAACACUUGGCAAAGGGGCAAUCGUUCGUACAUCUUCAAGGGAGCCAAAGAAACUGCCACCAUGAUCGAAAUCGAUCACGAUACGAAUGAGGUGAUGGUGGAACAGAUGAGCAGCGAUAUUGGUGACAUUGUGGCCAUUCCGCCUGCCUUGGGAACGGUGAGAGCACGUCUCAAUGCACCGGUGAUCACCAACAACAUCGAGAUGGACAAGAUCAGUUUCGAGCGGAACAAGAGCGGGAUUUGGGGCUGGCGCAGCGAGAAAUCUGAGGUGAUCAAUGGCUACAAUUGCAAAGUGUAUGGUGCCAGCAAUGUGGAGUUUGUUACCAAGACGCGAAUGGAUCAUCUGAGUGAGGAGCAGAUUAAGAAUAAAACGUCGCGGACGCCGCUGCACAGUCUGCUGGGCAUUGCCGAUGAGGACUAUGUAUCCCCCGCCGAUGCCGCCGCGGCGCUCAAAGAUCGGACACCCUCGCCCCGCUUGGAGGAGGAGGCUUCCCUGGUGGCAGCAGAAAACGGUGGACGAUCUUCGCCAGCUCCUGGUCUGGCACAGAGCAACGGCAGCUCCGCCUGUGCCUCUGGCACCAGUACCCCCAAGUCUUCUGUCACCCCCGAGGAGUACUUUACUCCCGAAGUCGAUCUACAUGGCAGAGAUGUUGGCGGGCCCAAAAAUCUGAGCACAAAGGUGCAGCGCUUCAAGGCCAACCUGUGGCUGGCCGAGGAGCACCCGAUACGGCUGCAGGAGCAAGUGCUGCCCAUACUGGAUCUCAUGUCCACCAUGGCCAGCCCGCAUGUGUCCAAGCUAAGGGACUUUAUCACCAUGCAGCUGCCUGCCGGCUUUCCCGUCAAAGUGGAAAUCCCGCUCUUCCAUGUCCUUAAUGCUUGUAUUACCUUUGGUAAUGUCUUUGCCUUAACCUCGCCCGUGGAGCAUGUGGCCACGCUGCAGGAGCAGGAUCGUGUGACAUGCCUGGUGGAUGAUCGUUGCUUCGACGUGCCGGUUCACUACACCAACCGAGGCAGCGAUGUGCGUCGUCAGAUGCCGCUGGACGAGGACGACAUGCUGCAAUACGCCAUCGAGCAGAGUUUGGUCGAGACGAGCGGCGCCUGUGGCGUGGACGCCAAGGAUGACGACAAGGUAGACAUCUGGGAGGUGCUAAGGGGCCAAAACGUGGUGGGCACGGAUCUUCUACCCGAGGAUGACGAGCAACUGCAGCGAGUGCUGCAGGAAUCGCUAUUGGGUGCCAGUGCAAAUCCCCAAAGCGGGUCACCCGCAUCCGAAGAGGACGACGACGACGGCGGCUUCCGGUUUAUAGAUCCCGAUCUGGCCAUGGCCAUGCGCCUGUCGCAGCAGGACCAAAGGAAGUACGAGCUGGAGCGACAGCAGGAGCAGGAGAUGAUCGAACAGGCGUUGAAGCUGAGCCUGCAGGAGCACUAAGAUCCUGCCAGCGAUUCCAAAUUGAAGUUCUUCUUUCCCUUCUACUUCUGAUUUCUAUUUAGUGUAAACACUUUGGACUAAGUUGUAUAAUAUAAUACGAGCCUACUUUAA